CUUAAGUAUGUCCUUCGGGAAAUGGGAAACUUUUGAAAAGGACGUGUGAUGGCUGAAAUAUUUUAUAAUGGUAGGAGAGUUGACGGUCGCCGACCAAAUGAAAUUAGACGAGUGGAUUGUCAGUUUGGCUCGGGUUAUUCUGACGGGAUUGUAUUCCUGCAUCAAGGGAAUACCAAGGUGAUUGCAUCCGUGGUUGGGCCCCAUGCUCCCAGAGCAAAAGGUGAUGGUGUUCCAGAUGGUGCAACGAUAACGUGCCAAUUUACCAAGCCUCCGUUCGCAUCAACUUCAGGGGAACGUCGCAAACUGUCAUCAAAUGAUAGAUCAGCGAAUGAUUUUGCUACUGCCAUUGAGGAGAUAUUCUCAUGUGUCAUCAGGACAGAAAAAUACCCAAUGUCUCAAAUAGAUAUUUUUCUUGAAGUUAUUCAGUCAGAUGGCUCUGAGUUUGCUUGUGCUGUAAAUGCAACUACACUUGCCUUAACUGAUGCUGGAAUUGAAAUGGAUUACCUCGUCAGUGCAGCUACAGUUGGUCUCUGGGGUUCACAUGUGUUCGCUGACCUUUGUCGCUUUGAGGAGAACCCACGUAUAUCACAGUUAACCGUUGUUUGUCUUCCCAAUCUUCAUCAGCUUUCUGGAGUAAUUACAGAGGAGCAAAUAGACCAAUGGAAAGGUCAGCCUCAAAUCCUUCAUACACGUCUCUCUUCUUGGUUACCUGUUGAGAGACUACAACCACUCAUGACAGAAGCUGUAAAGGUGGCUCAAACACUUCAAAAGGAAUUUUCUUAUUGGCUACGGGGCCGUGUACGUAGUGGUCUUAUCACCAGAUGACUAACGUGACUCACCUUUAUAAAGACAUUUUGAGCGGCGCCAGAUAUACUAUCUGAGUAUAAUGUUUCACGACUGACCAUGUGAAGUUACAAUAUAAAUUUUGAUUCUG